AUGCGAGAAAUUCAGCUACAUUCACCUAAAAUAGAAAACUUGAUGUCUGAACAGUUAGUCACUAUGUCACUAAUGCAUACUGAUGACAGAGAUGGGCAAGAACUUCAAGCUUAUUCACUGGGCACAGAAUACUUGCUGUCAGCACAGUUAACAGCUCCUUCUCCCAUCUUCAUUGCUGAAAGUGAUAAGCAAGAAAUACAACCUGAUGCACAUGAAGUGCCAGACUUGGUUUCAGAAGUGUUGAACUUUUCAGCUGGUUCCAUUAAUGAAGAAGAGACGCAUGAUAUUGAUUCUUCUUUGCCUGACAUACAAUAUACUUCAUCUGAACAAUCAAUGGCUGUUUCAUCAGACUUUAUUGAUGAAACCGGGAUGCAAGAAAAUCAGUCGUCUUAUUCAGCUGAAGCAGACAGUUUCCCAUCAUCACAGUUAAAAACCACCUUGGUUAGGCCUUUUAAUGAAACAGAGAAACUAGAAAUUCAAGCUUAUGCUUUUGAGGAAACUGCUUUGUUGUCAGAAGAGUCAAAAACUGGCUCAGUUGAUCCUACAAAUAAUAACGAAGCAGACAAGCAAGAAAUUCAGUCUUUUCCAAAUGAAGCUAAAUACUUUGAAUCAAAACAAUUUCCAGGUAGACUUCAGACAGCACGAACAGCCCAAAGUACUAAUGAGAAUAAAUCAGACAUGACAAUGGUAUCUGAUUUUGUUUCAAAUGAAGCUUCCCGUAAUCUCCUAUCAGAGCCCAUUAAUGAAAUCCACACACAUAAUUUAUACUCCUCACUACCAGGUAAUCCAGUCUCAGAUAAAAAUGUAAAUAAUGUAACAGUAACUAGCAUUGGAGACCUUUCAACAGCAGAAGAAAUACAGCAUUUUUCAAAUGUAGAAGCAGGGUCAAAAGAGCCUGAACAUUAUCUACCAAGAGAAGAGAAAUUAACAGAACAUGUGAACUUAGCAGAAGAAUCCAAAUAUACUCCAGAACCUGAUGAACAAAAAGAUAUGUUUAAUAUAAUUUCAGAAGGCUAUGAGAUAUUGAAUAUUCAUGCUGUCCCACUCAUUUCUUCAGUGGAUGAAGAAGAAAGCAAACACAUGCCAGAUAAACUAGAAUACUUAGAAACAAAUACCCUCAUUAAAACAAAACCGUUUGAAUGUGGUGACCAUGAAGCGUCAGCAUAUGGAACAGCUAGAGAAAUUUCAGAAAACUCAGUGGCAGAUGACACCGGAGUUAAAGAUAUGGAACAAAAAGAAUUGGUUGAAGAAGUAGAUGCUCAGGAAAUUGUAGAAACAGAGGAGGAAAUUUCCACUGUGUCAGAAAAUAAAAGUGGCGAAGUUUUGAAUCCUAACGAGAGUACCAUUGAGAUGGAUUAUUUUGAAAAGUAUACUCUGAUUGAUGACAAAUCCCCCACUGAACUAUCUGUUUGGGGGCUAUCUCCCUUUGAUGCUGUAAUGGCAAACCCUAAGAAACAUACAGACGAAACCAUCUCUUCAACUGGAAGUUCUGAUGUUAAUACUUUGGAAGGUGAAUUUACUUUACUAGAUAAUGACUUAGAUGAAGCCUUUUAUGGAAUGACAGAACAAGAAAGCAAGAUGCAGUCUCAUGCAGAUGCUCAGAAAUUUUUGACUAUGCAAAAAUCAAUUGACUGUAGUAAAAAAGUGAUAAAUAUAGAAGAUGAACAAAAGUUAGCAGGCACACCCUUAUUUGAUACAGAAGAAGGAGUGUUAGAACGAUCCAUGUUGUUUCCCACAUCAGUCAGCGCGAUUAACCCAGAACUUCUAGAGGAGCCACCUGCACUGGCAUUUUUAUACAAGGACCUCUAUGCAGAAGCAGUGGGAGAAAAUGCAAAAGGUGAAAAUGAGCCUCCUUCUGAUGAAGAGAGUGGGAAUUCUGAUGCAUCUUUUCCUAGAAAUUCUGACACAGACGAUGAAACUGGAAUAUAUUUUGAAAAAUACAUUCUUAAAGACGAUAUUCCUUGCAACGUGGCUGGGUCUCAAAAAGAUGAAGUUUCAAAAGCUCAGUCUAUUAAUAAAGACCUGUCAGGCCAACUGAGGGUUUCAGGAGACAAACAUAAGGAUUUUUAUGAGGUAAUUGAAAAGGAGCAGCAAUCUGUUCAUAUUUUAUCUGAAGAAUCCACCAAAACCCAGGUCUUGUCAGAAGGGGAAAUUGUGGAGGGAGAGAGAAUCCCGUUUAUUAGUGAUAUUAAAGUAACAAUUUGUCAACCAACUCAGGCAGUUCCUUUUGGAAGCAAGCUUAAUGUUUCAGAUGCAAGAAAUGAUCCCUCUAGUCAAAGAGAGGAAGAAAAUGCACCUGCAGCAACACACCAGGAAUUGUCAGAGCAAAUGAGUCAUGAAGAGUCCAGUCAAGUACUAGAUUCUGAGGUAAUUGCCAACCAAAAAGAAGCAUCUGUGCAAGAUAAAUCAAAGACAGUAACUCCUCAAACAGAUGAGCGGAAAGAACAACAUGAAAUAGCAGCAGUUAAUAAAAUGGAUAAUUACAUGCCUCAUGGAAGACCACCUGUUGAUGAAAGUGAAAGCAAUCAAUAUGUUCGUACUUCUCAGCAACCAGAGCAAUUAAUUUCAUAUUUGGAUAAUCACCUUCAACCCAUGACAAAAGAGGCAUAUGAUUUAGACCAUGAUCGUUUUGAAAGUGUGAACAACAGGGAAAAAUAUCUAUUGGAUACAAGUGAGCAGACAAUUGAAAAAAGAGUCAGAGAAAAUAUUGCCAACGAUAUAGCAAAGCAUAACCUAGAAGUAGCUAAGACUGGCCUUCCAGAACCUGGAGUAAAGUUUGAUAAGGCAUCAGGUGAUUUAGACUUACAGCCCUUUAGACUUGAUUUUGAUAACCUUUCAUCAGAUUCAACAAGAGAGGAGCAGUGCUUGGAGACUGAUGAACAUCUUGCUGAGUCAAUGGAUUAUGAAGUGAUUACCCAAGAAGAACUUUUGCAAGAUGAAAUAUCCUCUGAAUUGGCACAUGAAGAUUUAUUGUUUGAAGACAGGGAAUCGUUUGAGCCGAUUAGCCAUACUUAUGAAUCUGUAAACGAGGCAGAGCAAGAGACACCCAUUGAACAUGAGGAUUCAGGCUUUGUGAUGAUGAAUUCUGAAAAAUCAUCACUCGACAUAUCUGAAAGUGAGAGUCAACAAAAAGAAAUUCAGAAGGUCCAUGUUGAUACUUAUUGCUGCCAGUGCAGGUGCCCAAUUUCUGCUAUUGACAAGCUUUUUGGGGAGCAUGAAGGCCAUGAUGUGACAACACUGGACACUGCUGUAAUGGAUAUGAAGGAUCAAUUAGACGAAUUUCUAGGAGAGUUACAGCAAAGGUCAGUGAAGUUGGAGGAGUUGGUUAGUGAAAUAGAAUCCCUGUUUAAUUCUGUUGAGGAAAACAGUAAGAAAAAUGAGCAGUUUUUAGAAGACCAAAAUGAAGAGAUGGUUAAGACAGUGAUAGCCCAGUGUGAUGAGAUGUCCCAGAACUUUGAGGAGGUGAAGAAGAUGAAAAUGGAAUACUUGUAUGAACAGAUGGUUAACUUUCAGCAAAGUAUUGUUACGGCGAAGGAAACCUUAGAGACAACUGUAACAGAAACUGAAGAACUUGGUUAUGUUGUUUUCCUAAAUUUAUCUAAAGAAAUGAAUAAAAGGUUACUUUCUGCAAUGGAUAAAUCUCUCUCGUUAGAAAAAAUGCCCAGUGCAUUUUCACUUUUUGACCAUUAUGCAGACGGUUCAGUGAGAAGUGACCAGAAUACCUUAAAAUGUGUCGCUGUUCCACAGACUCCAAAAUUGCUACCUCAGGAACCAAACUCUGCUACAAGCACAUCAAUUGCAAUCUAUUGGACUGUGAGUGAAGGAGACGUCAUUGAUUGCUUCCAGGUGUAUUGCAUGGAGGAACCUCAACCAAACAAAGAUCAAAGUGCCUUGGUAGAAGAAUACAGAGUUACAGUGAAGGAGAGUUACUGCAUUUUGGAAGACCUGGAGCCAGAUCGCUAUUAUGGUGUGUGGGUCAUGGCUGUGAACUAUACAGGAUGCAGCUUACCGAGUCACAAAUCCACUUUCAGAACUGCACCCUCUAUCCCCUUACUAAAGGCAGAAGACUGUACUGUGUGUUGGGACACUGCCAUCAUCCGAUGGAGCACAGCCAACUCAGAAGCAACAAAGUCUUUCACACUGGAGUACUGCAGACAGUACUCUCCUGAAGGAGAGGGUCUCAGAUCUUUUGCUGGAAUAAAAAAGCCUGAACUGCAAGUUAAUCUGCAGCCCAAUGUGAAUUAUUUCUUCUAUGUGAGAGCUGCCAACUCAUCUGGGACAAGUGAACAGAGUGAAGCCGCCCUCAUCUCAACGAAAGGAACUAGAUUUCAUGUGAUGAGUGACACAGGUCAUCCUGCUUUGCAAGUGUCGUCCGAUGGAACUGUGAUAUGCCUUCCUGAGAGAACUAAAUUCACUGGAAUUCCAUCUGUCCUGGGUGAGCUGCUGCCAGCUCGUGGUCGGCAUUACUGGGAAACCACCGUCACUGGCUGCAAAGGCUACCGGAUUGGAAUCUGCUAUAACUCUACACCACAAGGCAGCAUCCUGGGGCAGGAUGAUACUUCUUGGUGCAUAUGUUGUUGUUCUACACAAACAAGUUUCAUUUAUAAAUUCUUCCACCAUGGUGUAAUGAGUGAUGUUUACAUGACGGAGCAGCCAGCCAGGGUCGGCAUUCUGCUGGAUUAUAAUGCUGGGAGACUUUCAUUCUUCAAUGCAGAGAGAGGACUAGCUCUGUUCACCAUCAGGCACAGAUUUACCAAUGCUGCUCAUCCUGCCUUUGUUCUGGAGAAAGCUGGCGUACUUAACCUGCACACAGGAAUGGAGCUGCCAGAGUUUGUGAAACACAGCUAA